UGAUAUUUUUUUCCGAAAUGUUUUUAUGGUUUACUUAUUGUUACAUAAAUUUGUUUUCACUGUUUUUAUAGCAAAUGUUCUUAAGAUUAUUUUAAUAAUAUUAAUUAUUAAAAAAAUUAAUUGUUGUGUUUACGAACAACGGCUGCAGAAUGGUUAGAAACUAUGUUAGAAAAACUAAACGCCAAUCGUGGACAGAAGAGUCUAUGAAAAAUGCCAUUAUGGUUUGUGUAAACAAAGAGAUGGGGUAUAGAAAAGCAGCAUCAGCAUUUGAUGUUCCACAGUCAACUCUUGAAAGAAGAGUGAAAGUCUACUUAGAAUCUGGAAAUAAAACAAAUGCUUUUAGUAAAGGACUUGGGAAGUAUAAAACAGUUUUCAACAGCGAACAAGAGAUUGAAUUAGUUGAAUACAUUAAAUCUAUGGAGGCCCGUUUAUUUGGACUAACAUCUUUAGAAUUAAGAGGAUUAGCUUUCCAACUUGCAGAAAAGAAUAAUUUAAUGCAUCCUUUUGAAAAAGACAACUUAAAGGCUGGAAAAGACUGGCUGUAUGGAUUUAUGAAACGACAUGCUGACUUAUCAUUACGCCAACCUGAAGCUACAUCAGCGGCAAGAGCUUCUGGUUUCAAUCAAGUAGCAGUGGGUAAGUUUUAUGCUUUGCUGACAGACGUUGUUGAUAAGUACAAAUUAACUGCUUCGCAAAUAUUUAAUGUUGAUGAAACGGGAAUAUCGUGUGUCCCAAAAUCUCAAAGCAAAAUAAUUGCAUGCCGUGGUCGCCGUCAAGUAGGUACUUUAACAUCUGCUGAAAGAGGCCAAACAAUUACAGUUGAAAUAUGUAUGGGUGCAGAUGGAUCUUAUAUGCCUCCUAUGCUUAUAUUUCCUCGCGUUAGGGCUAAACCAGAGCUUAUUGAUGGUGGACCACCUGGGUCGUGGGCAGAAGUGCACCCAAGUGGGUGGAUCCAAACCGAUUUGUUUUUGAAAUGGUUUGACAAAUUUAUAUUAUUUUCAAGAGCAUCUCAAACAAAUAAAGUUUUGCUUCUACUUGAUGGUCAUUCUACUCACACCAAAUCUAUACAAUUAAUUGAUAGAGCUAGGGAUGCUGGUGUAAUUCUGCUUUGUUUUCCGCCUCACUGUACUCAUAAGCUUCAGCCUUUAGACGUAGGAUUUAUGAAACCGCUUAGUGUCUAUUAUUGUGAUGAAGUAAAAAAAUGGCUGAGGGAACAUGCUAAUGAGCACAGGGUAGUUACACAAUUUCAAAUUGCUUCACUGUUUGGAAAAGCUUAUAUAAAGGCAUCAACUAUGUCAACAGCAAUUAACGCAUUCAGGGCAACUGGCAUUUGGCCAGUUGAUUCAAACAUAUUCAAUGAGCAUGAUUUUCUAGCCAGUGCAGCUACAGACAUUGAUUUGGGAGAUACAAUUUCUGUUAAUAAUCAACUCAAUAUUACAGAUAUGAAUACAAUUCAAGUAGAAGUUUCAGAUCCAAGCCAAAAAGAGAAUGUUGCAACAGAUAUAACAACAAAACAAAACUCACCAGGAUGUUCCUAUUGGCAAAACAAUGCUGAGAAAGUAUUCCCUGUGUCUUCUCCUGAGGAAAUACAGCCAAUACCUAAAAGUUCAAAAACCACUGCACGUUGUUCUAAGAGAAGAGGUAAAACAGCAAUCCUUACUGAUUCCCCUUAUAAAAAUGAACUUUUAGCAGCAAAUGCAAACUCAAAGCCACAGACUGCAAAGCGUUCAUUGUUUAAGAAUAAAAAUAAAACAAAAAAAAUAAGGAGAGUAAAAACUAAGGAACCAGUGUCCAGUGAUGUAGAUGAGAACUGUCUAUACUGUGGUGAGUCAUAUUCAAUAUCAGUCGAUGGGUGGAUUCAAUGUUCCAAAUGCAAUUUAUGGGCCCACUGCCUUUGUGCGGGCAUUGAUGAAAAAGAUAAGGAUGCCUUAUUAACCUGUGAACUUUGCUCUUAAUUAUUUUAAAUGUGUUAAUUUUUUAAUUAAAUUUUUAAGUUUGACUACUUGUGUAGGUACUACAUCUAUAAUUAGUAUUUAAAUAAAAUGUACCUAUUUAAUAAAUGUAAAAGUUUAUGUGUUUUAAAUUUACAA